AUGGAUGCUAAGCAGGGAAUAAUUACUGUGAUCUUUUUAAUGGCAUUGGCUGUAGAAACAGGUAAGUGCAGAAAAACAUGAUAUAAUAAUUAAAACAAGAUGAAGGCCAACCGGUUAUGUGUGGUCUGACCGAUCAGCACCCACAACAGUGGAGUCAUAACAACAGAAAGAAAGUAAGAUCUAGUAAGACCAUGUACCUACAGUAAUUUCAUGGGUGACAAAUUACUCCUUAAUUUUGGCUCGAAAUGUCAGUGUACUAAUUUAUAAUUUCACAACCUUUCACAUGUGAAAUUACAAAAUUGCCAUGCGGGCAACGUCCUGUAACUGCCAGUGCCAAGAUGGCGGCAAAGUCUUAAAAUGUUAUGAAUGAAGAUUUCAGGACCAAUUUACGCUCUAGUUUUCAGUGCGUGGGCUCUCGAUCUGUCAAAAACCUACAAGGUCAUACGAUUGUGAUAGUAAUUUGUCAUUCAUGAUAUUAAAAUAGGUAAUUGUGGUUUGCUUGCGGAAUUAGGAGAAUUUGAACAAAACACUAGUAAGAGUGUAAUUAUUCCCUAAUUUCCUUCGUCACUAUUUGAUUACACAUACUAACUGCAUGAAUAAAUAAAUAAAAUGAUUUGAAGGUAGCACAUGGGCAAAGUGGUCCUUAGUCUACCUGAUUCCUGGUCCAGCUGGAAAUUGGAAAUGUUGGUUUUUGAGGAGAGAGAAAAACCGGAGUAACCGGAGAAAAACCUCUUGGAGCAAAGGAGAGAACCAACAACAAACUCAACCUACAUACGGCAUCGAAGCCAGGAUUUGAAACUGGGCCAAUUUCGUGGGAGGCGAGUGCUCUCACCAUUGCGCCAUCCCUUGCUCCCCAUAAAUAACCAUAAAGGUUUGCGACAGUAAGAGAAUGAAAUUCUCAUCCCUUUGUCUGCUUUAAAUCUGUUUAAGGUUGCUAUCCAUCACAAGUUCCAGCGAUGCUUGAUUGUUUAACCCAAGAAGAUAUCACCGCACUCACCGAAAUACCUGAACAGGGGGAUGUAAUGGAAACCAUAAAGUCAGUUUUAAAACAUAUCCCUUUCAAAAAAUACCUGUAAGUAUAUGAUACAUAAUGGCACACAUGUGUAAGUACGUGCUGCAUAUAUAUGCCUUUCACCAGCUAGCUUUUCGUAUUUAUAAACACCUGUUCACUCUGCGCCAAAGAGUGGCAUUUAAAACUAUUUUUAAUCAUUUAUCCGAUGACCAUCCACUUUGAAGGUGAGCUCGGCGCAAACGGACGCAACAUUACUCCCAACUGUGUGAGUUGCUGCGUCCGUUUGCACGUAGCUCCUGACAAUCCGUUAUUUUAAAAAUUGCGGUUUUUCUUUUGAUUCGUGUUAUCAAAAAUUGUUUGUUUUAUUCUCUCAAGACUGCCCUUUAUAAAAAAGAUCCUUGAAGGAAUUAAAGAAAGCAAGAAUCCAAUUGACGUUAUAAUGGAGCUAAUCGAAAUCGUCCAGGGAGGCAAAGAGGAGAACGAAGAAAAUAAAGAGAAGGAAGAGGAAAAUAAAGAAACAACGGAGGAGAAAGAAGAAGAAAAAAGCUCCAAUGAGGAGGAAAAGCCGAAAGAGGAAGGAGAAAACGAAGAUUCGGGAUCAGGUGAAUCAGACAUGGAAUCUCAGGAAGACACCGUGAAUGAAAUUCAUCAUAAAUUUAAGAUCAAUGGACCUGAAGAAUGGUAG